AUGAGGAGGGCCAAAUUGGACAGAUUCGGCACCUUCUUCUCUCUAACCAGGCAAAGAUCGGUUCAGAUUCUGAUUGCUAUUGGGCUUCUGUACCUACUGUUAGUCACAGUGGAAAUCCCCUUUGUGUUGAGAACUGGGUUCAGUAUCAUCUCUCAGGACCCCUUGUCUCGACCCAGCAGGCUCCAGAGCAAGGAAGCCGUUGAAGAGAAAGACGCCCCAAGUCGACCUCUCGAACAAGUUUCACAAAACUCGUACCAGCCGACUCAGAGUCGACCCAGCGAGUCUAAUAUCGUCUCGGGUUUAGUAUUCGACCCGAAAACAUUCGAUUCCCAGCUUUAUAAGCCGGCCAAGGUUGCUUGGGAAGUGGGGAGGAAGUUCUGGGAAGAGUUGCAGGCUGGGAAGGUCCGAAUUGAGGCCAGAAAGGUCGAGAACAGAUCAGAAUCGUGCCGGCAUUCGAUUUCGUUAUCCGGGUCGGAGUUUUCGGCCCAGGGAAGGGUCAUGGUGCUGCCGUGUGGGCUAACAUUGGGCUCGCACAUAACGCUGGUGGGGAGGCCCAAGGCGGCGCACCAGGAGGCUCAGCCCAAUAUAGCGCUCGUGAAUGACGGAGAGUCGGUGAUGGUUUCCCAGUUCAAGGUGGAGUUGUUGGGGUUGAAGACUGUGGAGGGUGAGGAGCCACCAAGGCUUUUGCAUUUCAAUCCAAGGUUGAAAGGGGAUUGGAGUGGAAAGCCUGUAAUUGAACUCAACACUUGUUAUAGGAUGCAGUGGGGCUCGGCUCUUCGCUGCGAGGGCUGGAAAUCAAAGGCUGAUGAUGAAACUGUUGAUGGUCAGGUGAAGUGUGAGAAAUGGAUUCGUGAUGAUGACAGUCGCUCAGUGGAGUCCAAGGCAACAUGGUGGUUGAGCAGGCUGGUAGGCAGAACUAAAAAGGUGCCUGUUGACUGGCCAUACUCAUUUGCAGAGGAGAAAUUGUUUGUUUUAACCCUUAGCGCUGGUUUGGAAGGUUAUCAUAUUAAUGUCGAUGGGAGGCAUAUCGCCUCUUUUCCUUAUCAUAGUGGAUUUUCUCUUGAGGAUGCCACUGGGCUGUCUCUGAGUGGGGAUGUUGAUCUGCACUCUGUAUUUGCCGCGUCUUUGCCCUCAUCCCAUCCUAGUUUUGCUCCACAGAAGCAUCUUGACAUGUCAACCAGAUGGCGUGCCCCACCUCUUUCUGAGGGGGGUGUUGAACUUUUCAUUGGUAUCCUUUCUGCAGGCAACCAUUUUGCUGAGAGGAUGGCAGUAAGGAAGUCUUGGAUGCGGCACAGUCUUGUCCAAUCAUCAAAAGUAGUAGCUCGUUUCUUUGUAGCACUGCAUGCUAGAGGGGAGGUGAAUAUCGAGCUAAAGAAAGAAGCAGAGUUUUUUGGUGAUAUUGUUAUAGUGCCUUACAUGGAUAACUAUGACUUGGUCGUCUUGAAAACUGUUGCCAUCUGUGAAUAUGGGGUUCGUACAAUGUCUGCUAAGUACAUUAUGAAGUGUGAUGAUGACACAUUUGUUAGGGUGGAUGCCGUUAUCAAAGAAGCACAUAAAGUACCAGAGGGUAGGAGCUUGUAUGUAGGGAACAUAAAUUACUACCACAAGCCUCUGCGCUAUGGAAAAUGGGCUGUGACAUAUGAGGAGUGGCCAGAAGAAGACUAUCCACCUUAUGCAAAUGGACCAGGUUACAUUUUGUCAUCAGACAUUGCAAAAUUCAUAGUAUCCGAGUUUGAGAGACGUAGAUUAAGGUUGUUUAAGAUGGAAGAUGUAAGCAUGGGAAUGUGGGUUGAGAAAUUCAACACUUCAAGACCAGUAGAGUACAUGCACAGCUUGAAGUUCUGCCAGUUCGGGUGCAUAGAAGAUUAUUAUACAGCCCAUUACCAGUCUCCGAGACAGAUGAUCUGCAUGUGGGACAAAUUGAAACGGCUGGGACAGCCUCAGUGUUGCAGCAUGAGAUAG